UAUGUCAGACGAAGAACCAUUUAAAGAUGAUAAUCAAGAUUAAGGAGAUAAUCCUGAUGAAGACAACCAAGAUUAUCCAUAAGAUGAUCCAAAUGAUGAAAAUAAUUAUGAAGACGGAGAUCCUUUUGAAGAUGGUGACAAUCCAAAAGAAGAUGAAGAGUAAAAUAUUUAAAUUUAUAUAUAUCUUUAGUAUAAAGAAUAAUGAUAUAUCAGAUAAUUUGAAACUUACUAUAGAUGAGUAAGGAUUAGAUGAGAAUCAGAAAUUAAGAAAAUGGAAGGACUUAUUGGCUGAACAUGUUUAAUAAGUCUAAAAAUUAAGAGGGAGAAAUAAUAAUUUAAGAGGUCAUCUUAAAAAACUAGGAGACAAAGCAGAAAAAUUAGUCUAAUCUAAUGUUAGAAAAUAAAAACUAUUGGAAUAAAAAUUGGACCCUAAACAUUAUAAUCUUGCUGAAAAGAAGAUUUUAUAUGAAAUUAAGAAUGGCAAAUCUAAAUAAGACUUUGCUAAUAAGAUUGAUCCUAGAAUUUGUAACUCUUUUAUAAUAUUCUUAAGUGGAUUUGUUGAUUAAUAUUGAUAAAAUGGAACAGUCCAAUAGUUUGAUGAGAGAAUAAAUUAAGGCAUUAAGAGAUAGAAAUAAAAAUUUAGAAUAAACUGAAGAUGUAAAUAAACUUAGUAAUGAAAUUAUUUUAAUUGAAAAAUAAAUUGGAGAUGAAGAUAGAUUAAGAAAGAAGAUUUAAUUAAUAAUUAAAGAAUAAGAAGCUGAACUUAAAUAAUAAUAAUUUGAUUGUGAUUAUGAAAGUAGAUUAAAUAGUCUCAAAGAAUAAAUUAAAAAAUUAAAAGAUAAUAUCAAGGAAGCUUAAAAGGAAGAAUUACAUGAAACUAGAAAAGAAGUUGAGUUGAAUAAUUAUUUUGCUGAAAUUUAAAAAAUGUAAUACUCUAUUAUUAUUUUAUUAGUUAUCGUUAAAUGUGUACUUAAUUAAAUAAACCAUGUGAAGAGAAAUAACAUUUUAAAUAAGAAAAAUAAAAGGAAUAAGAUAAUACUAAUGAAAAAUAAAAAAAAGUAUAAGAAUUUGCACAAAAAAGUCAAGAUUAGAAUUAAAAAAGAUUCUUAUAAAUAAAAGAUAAAUAAGAAGAACCAGAAGAGAAAGAUGAACUUAAAAAAGCAUUGAAUGAAUUUAAGAAAGAUAAGGACACAAUAUUUAAAUAACUUAAAGAAGAUGUUAAAACAUUAUAAGAAGAACUUGAGAAAAAAGAGAAAGAAGCAUAAAAAGAAAAAAGAAGAUAAAUUGAAGAAUAUGCUAAAUUAAGUGAAGAUGUAGUAUAGUUAGCAAAAUAAUUAAAAGAAAAAGAAGUUUAAACUAAAUCAUCAGUUACAAAAUUAAAUGAUCUUCAAAGAUAAGCAUAAUUGUUGGAAAAGAAAUAAUUCUCUGAUCCAAUAUAAAGUACACAACAUAAACCAGAAAGUAUAAUGUUUGGAAUAGACAAAAAAACAGAAACUUGUUUACCAUUUGAUGAUUCCAAGAAUUUAGAUUGGACAUCAAAUAUGCCUAUUAAUUAGAUUGUUGUAUGUUAGAAUAGUUAGAAUAAUUUAAUCAUAGGUUUGGAAUUAACUUAUGGAGAAUCAGAAAAUAAAGAUAAUAAAACAACAAAACAUAUUGGAUUAUAGGAAGGUAAUAUUGAUAAGGUAUAGAUUAAUAUUAAUUCGGAAGAAAAAUUAAGUUAUAUUUCUGGAUUUUAUAAUUAGGAGUAAAUUAUCUUCUUAAAAUUCGAAACAAAUAAAAAGAGAAUUAUUUAAGUUGGAAAUAUGAAAUAUAAAGAUAAUUAAACUAAAGAUUUUAGAAUUGAAAUUAAAGAUAGAGAAAUUCUAGGAUUUAAUGGAAUAUUAGAUUAUACAUCAGGUAAAUAUAUAUAUAUAUAGUAAUUAGAAUCAUAAAAUCCAUCUGAAAGAUACUUAGUUGCAAUAGGAUUGAACAUCAAAUAAAAAGAAUUAGAUAUUUCAACAAAAAAGAAAUUGAAGAAAUAAAAAAUGUUAGAGGAAAAAGAUAAAUAAAGAGUUCCUGUUGAUUAUAGAAAAAUAACAUAUCCUUUUAAAAAAAAUCAUCCUAAACAUCUAGAAUUAGUUAAAUCUUAACCAAAAUUGGAUGUUUCUAUUUAUGAAGAAUAGAAAAGUAUUUCUAUUAUAUAUAUAUUUAUUAGUUAAACUAUUCUAAAAAGAAAAGGAAAGAUUUUUAUAAGCAUAAAGAGCAUAAUUAGGUUUAUUAUCAGCUAAACAAUUUAGUCCUGCAACUUAUAAAUAAUAAGAGUAUUUAGAAGAAGACUAAAGGGUAAUAAUAAUAUAAUAAUUAAUAAUAGAGAAAAGAACUAAAUGAAAAGAGAAAAAUUAUGGUUGAAUAAAAAAGGGAAGAAAUUAAAAGUUCUUUAACUUUUCCUGUGAUCGAAAUGAAAUCACCAGCAGAUUAAGAUAAAAAAGGAGCCAAAACAUAAAAAAAUGCUAGUCCAUAAAAGCCAUAGAAAUAGCCUUAGAAGGAGGUUCCAAAAAAAGAUGAUUCUAAACCUAAAAAAAAAUGAA